GCCUUUCACCCCACCGCGAAGACACCACGAUGCGCGCCUCCUCCCUCUUCACUGUGCUCGGGCUCUCCUCCUUCGCCGCCGCGCACUUCAAGCUGCAGUUCCCGGAGCCGCGCGGGGACUUUAACGAGGAUUCGGAGGACAAGUUCUGCGAUGGGUACAUGAACGUGGACGACGAUAGGGAGCGGUACCCUCUUACCGGGGGCUAUGUGACGCUUAUUGCGGCGCACCCUUCGUGGACGUUGGGCAUUCUUGCAUCUACCGCGGACGACCCUACUUCGUUCGAUAAUUUCACGACGGAGAGGCCGUUUGCGUCCGCGGAGGGUCAGGGGACGUAUUGUAUUCCGUUCGACUUGGACACGAGCAAGUACUCGAACGGCCAGAACAUCACUAUCCAGAUUCAAUUCAACGGCGGUGACGGCGACCUCUUCCAGUGCGCCGACCUCACCCUCGACGAAAACUACAAAAUCGACGUGACGUGCUCCAACUCGUCGUCGACUGCCGACAACGGUGAUGGCGACGAGGACGAUGACGACUCUGACUCCGAGGACAACGACGAUGAUGACAACGAUGGCGACGACGCCAACGAUGAGGGCUCUAACAACAACGGUGCGGACGCUGCUGCACCCUUCGGCUUUGCUGUCGCGGCCGGUGCGCUCGCUCUCUUGGGUGUAUCGACUCUGUGAAUACCCGAAUUGGGGUCGGAAGUCCUCUGGCCUGCUUGUAGCCCUCCUCGGCUUGGAAUGGCUGGCUAGUGGACAAGGUCGGCUCUGCGGAG